GCUUGUCCCCCACGCGUUCUCACCAGCUCAAUGACAGUUCCUCGCCAGGCACCUUGCGUAUCAAAAUGGCUCAGACGUCUCUCUCCCAUUGAAUCUAACGGUCAAUCUACCUGAGAUUCUUCACCGCCCAAAGUGAUACAGUCCCGUGAUGACAUCUCCAUCGUGAUUGAGUUCAGAUUGAAUUCUAGGCGGAUGUCGCGAUGACACUGCACUGGUGGAUGCACUGGUUCUGGGUGACCGCACAAUUUGCUGUUAUCCUCGGCGUUCCUCUUCCAUCAACAACUGAAGAUCCUCAUCUCGAGCGGGACUCGAGUCCGUCAUGGAGGGCAGUAACGGUGCGACUGACCUCAGAACCACCAACAAGAGCCAGCAUGAGGAUUGCUAAGGCUAUAAAUUCCGACGAGCCGUCCAUUAAAGCCAACUCUGUGGGUCUGGCUGGUCCAGUUGUCCGCCGGCAGUCUUUCAACGCUUCCAAGCUCCUGAAGAAACCGCAGGGGAUGUCUCUGUCAUCUCUUCUUAUGAGCACAGAACGCCCUGUUUCUAUCUCGCCCCAACGCCCGAGCUUCAAUCUCGUCAGGAACUUCCAGCAAGACUUCAUUGGAGGCAACUUCCGAGGAAAUGGCCAGAUAUUCCAAAGGAAAGACCAGAGUUGGGAGGUAUUACCGAGGCCUGUAAAGGACACAAGGAUUACAUGGCUGUUGACAACCCUUCGGCCAGUGAGGAGGAGAACAGAAGAGAUAGAGGAGGAUGAGGAAGUUGAGGAAAAAUUACGCAAUCUGAGUACAGUUGAGGAACGGGAUCUAACGGUUCUGCCACUGAGAUUGGAGGAGACGCGUUUCAAGCUAGUGGUGAACAGGAGUCGAACGAUAAACGGUGAUACAGAUAUGGUGUCUUUUAGCAGUCGAACGUUCAAUGGAUCUGAGGACAUUGAAAUUGACCAAGAGUUGGCAGAACCGAGGAUAGCAUCGGCUACUGCAUCGUCGAUUGUUCAUGCGGGGUUGAGCGAGGCAACGAGAUUGAGUAGAGCAAGGAGUGCUUUCACCAAUGACUUCCAGAGAGACAGGGCGCAGGACAGAUCUUCCCAGGAUGAUGAUGACGAUGACGAUACGAUCAAUGGCAAUGGUAUUUCUGCGGGGGUGACUGCCGAGACCGCUAAGACUUCUCUGGUGGACAUUGCUGCUAUAACUGGAAGUUGUCUUGCUAUGAUUGUCUUGCUAAGUACCAUGGGGAGCAUUGGUUUCGUUAUGUACAGGAAGAAGUACUUGAAUCCACCCCAGACCUUGAACAGCGAUAAAUGCAGCAAUCCUGAUAGCUCUGGGUACAUUGAUGAUUCCACAAUUCGCGAUAAUUCCGAGGAGAUGUACAGCCUGGACAACGACUCAUUCCUGAACUCUCUUGAGGCAAUGACAAUACAAAAUUACUGGACAGAUAGUGUCAAGCAUACGAAGCUGUGACGCCAACAAUAAAAGUGAGCAGAGACUAGCAUAUCUGGGAGAAAUUGAGUCUAACUUUUUGCGAGACAUUUGAAAAUUAACGAGAAGUAAUCACAAAAGAGUAAUUCAUUAAUUUUUGGCUCUUUAAUGAAACGCUAGUAUUAGCAGAAUAGUGCAAUAAAUUUGCGUGUACUUAAAAUAUGUUAGGUGAAAUGAUAAGAAAAGUGUUUUUUCAUUGUACGUGGAGAGGAAGUGGAAGUGACGUAGUUUAAGUAUAAAUAAGACUUUUAGAAAGGAUGUAGAGAUUUUUCUUGACGAAAAAAUUAUUAUUGAGAAAAAGAGAGAGAGAGAGAGAGAGAGAACAUUGUAAACAUUGUGUACAUAACGAACAAUCUGUGGUUUGAAUUAUUAUUUAGAAUGUGGUGGCGCUGCAUUUUCCAUUCCACCUCGUGAUUCGUUUGCUUUGUUAUCAUUUUAUAAAAUCAAAUUCGCCUAAUAGGUUUUAAUCGUUUCCAAACCAAUUUGUUAUAUUCGUUUUUUGUGAGUUUAUCAUUACUAACGGAAAAUCGGACCAAGAUGUACGUAGUUGAUAGUCAAUUUGCCUUUACAACAUAUCCACUAACCGACUAAUUAAAUCUAUUUAGUCUUGAUCCGCGUCAGCUAUUGAAAAUACGUAAGAAAUUUCGAAAACAAAUAAUUCAAUGCACUGUUUCAUUUAAAUGAUCCUAGGAUUGUUUAAGAGUUAUAUUUAUAUACGAAUUUUUCCCCCAUUUCAAGGAUAAUGAAUAAAUGAUAUAUAUUACAUUAACACUUUUUGGUGAUGUGAUAGAAGUAGUCGUUGGGAUUUAUCUUUUAUUAUCACGGUUGUGAAUAAAUACACGCAUUAAACAUCACAAUUUUUUCUA